UACCGGAAGUGUCGUUGUUUACGGAAUCGGGAGAAAUGUCAUAACGCAAGAGUAAAGCUAAGCUACGGAAUUACUUUUUCUACUAAGCCUGAGUUCUAAAUACACGAUAUGUAAAGAAUGCGAUCAUUUAUGUCAAAAAUCUCAAGCGAGCUUAUGUUUUUUCAAAUUAAAUAGUGUCCAGAAUCCGUUAAACAUAAAUCAGAACUAAUGGAGCGAGCUAGUUGCAGCUAACGUUAGCAUGACACUUUGUUUAAACAGCAGGGUUCGUGAAAGCAACCAAGCUGUAAACUCGGACAACCGAUACAAUCCAUAAAUCAUUAACUACACAAAAAGCACGUGUAAGAAACGGACACAUCUACUUUAGAGACACCGACUUUAGCUGUAGCCAGUCAACAACAACAGGCUUUGAAUUGCCAGUCAUUUUUUUCUCCUCCUUUUCCGUUUAUUAAAAAGACUUUAAACCACAGCGCAGUUAUAAUGGCGGAGACUAUACUAACGUUUCAGUCACAGCUUUCUGGCGUCAUGGAAACGGUGUUCAAAGCUGCUAUGUAUGAGAUCACCCGGUUGGUGGAGGACAGUUUUUUGGAAGAGGUAACGCGGUGCCGGGAGCAGGUUGAGUCCUUAAAGAGACGACUGAAGUGGUCGGAGACUCGUCGCAAAGAACGAGAGGGAGACUGGAGAGGGAGAUGCAUUGACUGUGGAAAAGUCGGGAUAUCCAGUGAGAACCAACCCAGAACCUCAGUCAUCAGGUAUUCAAGGCACUGGACUGUUCAAGGAAGAAAAGCAGAUGUGUCAGCUCUUCCAGGACCCAGUAAAUGUUUUAAUGACCAAAAGAUCCCAAAGUGCCAAGUAAAUUGGGAAACUGGAUUUGAGCAGAGAGCAGAAUCAAACAAUGAUGGACACUCGGGUGAACCGACUGAACCUCUGUUCCCAAACAGGUACGGCAUGGAAGACUUAGAUGGCAUUGACAAGUCUGGAUAUGGAGACACUGGAAUGAUAGACAUGGGUAAUUUUGAUGGAAUACAUUCACCAUCGCACCUGGGCAAAGAUCUGAGUUAUGUGGGCCAUUAUGAUGAGGAUGUGGAAACACCAGAAGGAGCUGAUCAUCAAGCUUACCAAACAGGCACUCAGCGGAAUAGAAAGGAUCAGGAAGGUUCACCCUCAGGUUCCCCCUCUAGGACUAACAUUGAUGUAAGUGGAGAGUUCAGCUGUUUACUAAUUAAUGAGGAGGGGUAUCUGCAGGACACAAAUGUCUUGUACCCUGAACAAGUGUCCAGUGAUUCAGGUAGUAGAUUCAGCUUCCGCGGCCAGGGUAUUCGUAUUGGCCCUUCUCUAGACAGCACUGAGGAUAUGUAUGAGCCUUCAGAUACGUACAGCGAUACCUUAAACGUGGGACAACAGAUGCAACAUCAGGCAACAGUGAGAGGAGCAAGGAGAUACACUUGUAACCAGUGCUCCAUGUCCUUCCCGGAUUCUGCUUCCCUCAAGGCUCACAAACACACACACAAAGGCACUGGACAAGUGCCCCCAUACUCCUGCAACCAGUGUGGAAAGACCUUUACUCAAGCUUGUAACCUUAAAGUCCACCAAAGGACUCAUUUAGGGCAAGGGGUUCACCUCUGCAGCCAUUGUGGUAAAGGUUUUCCUUCAUUUUCUGAGCUAAAGGCACACAAAUGUGGUCAAGUAGGGGACAAACCAUAUUGCUGCACAGUAUGUGGGAAUAAGUUCAGCCGUCUAUGGAAUCUUAAGUUGCACCAGAGAAUUCACACACAGGAAAAACCUCAUCGGUGCACCAUGUGUGACAAGAGCUUCACAAGAGCAGACAUAUUGAAGGUUCACCAGCGUACCCACACAGGGGAAAGACCAUACUGCUGCACUGUUUGCGGUCUCAGCUUCAAACGCCUGGAUCAUCUGAAAUCCCAUCAACGCAAGCACAUGACAGAUCUAUAAUUCCUUGGGAGAAGAAGUAUCAAAUUAUUUAAUAUUAUUUGUGCUAUCUGAAGGUUUAAGUGAAUAUUUAUAUUAAUGAGCCUGUGAUGGAUAGAUAAGGUCUAUCACA